UGUAAGUCCGCCCGCACAUACAGCCAGAGAAACGCAUCCGGUGUUGAGCAUUUCCACGAACAGGUGGUGGGUGUCCUGUGGGUGCCCCCCUCACGCGCACGGAGCAAGGACGUUGUGCGUUCUGCUCGGAGAGAGGCGAACAGGGGCCCGAGGCGGAGCAGACGGAGCGCGUAGGCAAGGCGGGAAGGGAGAGCCACCGUCAACUCGACGGGAGCGACGACGGAUUCGGGCGAGGUGGCGAGCGCGCGGGGGCUUGAUCAAAGGAGGGCCGCGUGGAGCUGAUGCGCGUCGCACAGAGCCACGCCGGCACACCGCGGGAGGUAUGAAAGGCGACGGCGGCGGCGGCGCCGUCGCAGGCGUGGCGGUGGCGAGGAGAGGCGGCCAUCGGAGUGCGCGCUUCCGCAGUUAAAGCCCCCAACCGCUUAACCGAACGAGCCCGGGCUGUCACGUUUCGCUAAUUAUCCAAGCGGACGAAGACCAUACGUGACACUGCAACCGGGGCCCACCGUCGUCCGGGCCCACCUGUCAUUCACACGUCUUUUUUCCUUUUAAACGCACUAGAUCCGCCUCGUUGGCAUUCUGCCACGCCAUAGUUACCAUGGCUUCCUCCGCUUGUCCCACUCCACUUCUCCUGCUGCUGCUCCCGCUCGCCGCCGCCGCCGCCUCGCUCCCGCCGCUGCCGCUCUCGACGGCGUCGCGGUGGGUGGUGGGCGCGGACGGGCGGCGCGUGAAGCUGGCGUGCGCGAACUGGGCGUCGCACCUGGAGCCCGUGGCGGCGGAGGGCCUGUCGCGCCGCGGCGUGGGGGACAUCGCGGCGCGCGUGGCGGCGAUGGGGUUCAACUGCGUCAGGCUCACCUGGCCGACCUACCUCGCCACCAACGCCACGCUGGCGAGCCUGCCGCUGCGGUGGUCGCUGGAGCGCUUUGGCAUGCGGGAGUCCGUCGCCGGCGUCCGGGUCAACAACCCCGGACUCCUUGACCUGCCCCUCAUCGAUGUGUUCCAGGAAGUAGUGUCAGCUUUGGCCAGGAACAAUAUUAUGGUCAUACUUGAUAACCAAAUGACCACUCCAGGAUGGUGCUGCAGCACAACUGAUGGUAAUGGCUUCUUUGGUGACAAGUACUUUGACCCAGAAGAAUGGUUGAAUGGCCUCAAGACAAUGGCAACAAUGUUUAGGAAAACAAAAAAUGUUGUGGGCAUGAGCUUGAGGAACGAACUCCGGGGCCCCUAUGAAAAUGUUAGUUUGUGGUACAGGUACAUGAAGGAGGGUGCUGAAUCUGUGCAUACAGCAAAUCCUGACGUCCUUGUUAUCUUGUCGGGCCUGGAAUUCGACAACACUCUCAACUUCGUGGUCCCAAAUCAAAUUCACCUAUCAUUUACUGGAAAGUUAGUCUUUGAGCAGCAUUGGUAUGGUUUCUCAGAUGGUGGCAACUGGGAAUCUCAGAACCAAAAUGAUGUUUGUGGGAUGGUUGUUGGUUUCAUAAAGAAUAAAGGACUUUUCCUACUUCAGCAAGGCUGGCCAUUGUUUUUCUCCGAGUUUGGGUUUGAUAUGUCUGGCACACACACCGGGGACAACCGCUAUCUCACUUGCUUCUUAAGUGUGGCAGCUGAAAUGGAUCUGGACUGGGCUAUUUGGGCUCUGCAAGGGAGUUACUAUAUCAGAGAGGGCACUCUAGCUUAUGAUGAAUCAUAUGGAUUGCUAUCAUGGGAUUGGUGUACAGCUAGAAAUCCCAGUUUUAUUAAAAGGAUCAAUUCUCUGCAAUCACCAUUUCAAGGCCCUGGACUACCGAACAGCCAAGAACCUUACAACGUAAUAUUCCAUCCUCUAUCCGGGCUUUGUGUCGUGGUGAAAUCAUCAGAGGCACUUGAGUUGGGUCCAUGUGAUGAAUCAAACGCUUGGAACUACACAUCAACACACGAGUUGGUACUGCAACACACUGGUCAAUGCCUCCAGGUCAAGUCUGUCGGUGAGAAUGCACAGCUUGGGACCGAUUGCAGCAAAUCCAGUUCAAAGUGGCAGCUAAUAUCAAAUUCAGGAAUGCAUGUUUCGACUGAACUCACUAAAAAUGGAACCAGAGUAUGCCUGGAUGCCACUCCUGAUGGUAUCAUCACAACAAAUCCGUGCAAGUGCCUAACCGGAGAUCCAAAUUGCAAUCCUGAGAGCCAGUGGUUCAAAAUUAUAUUAAGCAGUAGACACACAGGCACCUCCAUUUUGCAGUUGCCAUCUGAUGGUCCCUGGUCUCCAACAUCAUCUAGUUAACCAUGGCACUAUUUCGAAAAUAUCCUGAUUGCGUGUGGUGGAUGAAUAUGACAGAGUAAGGGCCAAGUUCCACCUAGUUAAUCAAGGCAAUUGGAUGACUAUAUUAUUGUAAUUUGUAAAAUAAUACACAGAACUCCACAUGUAUAUAGUGAUGCCAUUGAAUUCACUUGUGCCUUGUUCUAUAGAGUUCUGUUGAAACAUGUCCUAUGUGUACAAAAACUAGAGAGAAUAAAAGGAAUGUACAGAAAAAUACCAUGCUUGUUCUCUGAUAUACUAUAUAGAAUAAAAAGUGUUAGUAUUUUACGGUUGGUAUA